CGGGUUUCGCCUUUCAAUACACUCGCAGUCCGUUCCAUGCUAAGUCCCUGCAGAUUCUCCCCUCAGGCUUAGAGGAAGUUUGACAAAGCGAAAAAGCCUUGCCCGGGCUGUGUGUCUGUCAGUCAGUGUAUGAGUGAAUACGUAUUUGAUUGGCGAAAGAGCAUUAAGCUGCCGGGUCUCGCAAAUAUCUGCACCAAACACCGCAGCAGCAGCAGUAGCGGUACACAAGGGUUCUAAUUUUAGCAUUUUUAGUUCGGUUCGCUCGUCCGCGGCUAUUACGCGCCUAGGUCUUGCAAUCAGUAACAAUCAUGGAUACGUUAAGUGCAGAAACGCGGAAUGAAAUCUACGAAAAAUUGUGGACUCGGAUGCCCCGGCUCAACCCUGGACCAAUGACCAGCUUCAGGAUUGACGAUUUUAUCAAUCUCAUCAAGGGGCUGCCCAUCAUCUACAAUCGACUGGAUAAGCACAACAAACAGGAGUACGCCGAUACAUGGGACCAGUUGGAAGCCAUACUGAAAACGCCCAAAAAAUUCCUGAUGAUGAAAUGGAAGGGUCUUCGGGAUAAUUUCCGAGUUGAACUCAAAAAGGAGUACUACUCUCCACCGGAAAGUCGCUACGUCUCUAAAUGGGUCCACUACAAAAAGCUUGCCUUUCUUCGGGAGCAAGUUUUGGCGACUCUCGAUCAAAAGCUCGACAGUGACAGCCAUGACGAGUUGAAUCAAAUUAUGAAGUUUGUUCAGAACGCCUCUCAAGAAGUACCUCCAACCAGCGAAUCUCACGCCAACGAGCAUUCCUACGCCAACAGUGACAUCGAUCCUCGUGAAUUCAUGAAGGUCAAAGAGGAACGUGAAGAACUUCCCGACGACGACGCUUCGGAUGAUGCCGAGUUCAACUUCAGUCAUUUUCAGGAACCGGACCACGAGCAUCCGAGACCGAAUCGUUUCCCGCAAAUCACCAUCACUCCCAAGCUAACCCCACCUCCGAUGAACCUUCAGAAGCGUAAGCGAUCUUCACUCAGUUCACAUGACUCCCUGGUUCCAUCGCCGAAAAUGCAAGCCAAAACCCUCGGGGGAAUUCCCCACGAUGAUGACUAUCAUUUCCUGAUGAGCAUUCAUCCCUACCUGAAGCAAUUACCGUUGCCGGUCAAGCUCAAAGUUCGCCUACAGAUGCAACAGGUCCUGUUCAACGAGUUGAUGAAGCAGCCGCCGAUCGCCGAUGAGGAAGACUAGUUUUUUUUUUAGCUGCUACUCGGUGUGCCAUAUUCGGAUCGAACCGAAAGCCAAUGAUACAAAUUGAUCAAUGAUCUCUUUUCCUCGCUCUGUAUUGAAUUCGAUUUGAAAUUGGAUUUAGAAGUUAGGAUAGCUGUAUGAAUAAAAAUAGAUUCCCA